AAGUUAACGACACCUCCGGUGCUGCUCGCACACUCGCGCGCGCUCACGCACACACCCCCACACGCGCGCGUGCUCGAGCCCAGUAGAAGUUCACCUGCUUCUCCAGAAGCAGGCCACACGCUGGGAGCUGAACUGAGAGCAGACUGCUGCUGAAAGGGUCAGUCCAUACACACUGCCCAGGACAGGAGGUGAAAGAGACCAGAUCAGAAGCUGACCUUUCCUCCACCCUCACACACAUACACCCACCCACACACUCUCAGUCCAGCAGAGCAGUUCCUCGUGGAGGGGUCACCGUGCCCAGGCGCUUCUCUGAACAUACUCAUACGCAGAUGCUCCUACACAUAUUCCCGUGGAGGCUAUAGUAUUAGCCAUUUUAAGGAGGUUCUUCAGGAAGCAGAGCUGCUGGAAAACAUCAAUAACAAAACACCAGAAAUGGACUUCACUGGCAUGGUAGACAUCAUCUGAAGAGUUUUUGCUGGUGUGGUUACACCAGCUGAGGGUACUUGCUGUAUUAUAAGACACUUAUUGGGGUUGAAGGCUGUUGGGAAGACCGGAGUGGAGAUCAUGUCUCCGUUUUUGAGGAUUGGGUUUUCCAGUUUUGAAAUGGACCCUGGGCUAGCCUACCAUGAGGAGGUGCUCCACCCAUACUGUGCCGUCUACAUGAAAGAGGCCGUGGAGACAGAAAAGGGUCAGGUAUACAAGCAGAAGCGUCCGACCAUGUACCCACCAUGGAGCAGCACAUUUGAUGCCCAUGUCCACAGAGGCAGAGUGAUGCAUGUGGUGGUCAAAGACAAAACAGCCGAGCUGAAGACAGAGGCUACUGUCCAGCUGGAUACACUCGCAUCCCGCUGCAAGAAAGAGAAUGGCAAACUCGAGAUCUGGGUGGAACUGAAGCCUCAAGGUCGUCUGCUGAUGGAAGCACGAUAUUUCUUAGAGAGAAGUGAUGCGGGGCACGGUGAGGCAGAUGCAGAGACCGAGCGUGAAAGAGAGGGAGUGUUUGCACUGCAUCAGCGACGUGGGGCAAUUAAACAGGCCAAAGUUCACGUGGUGAAGUGCCAUGAGUUCACAGCUACAUUCUUCCCACAGCCCACCUUCUGCUCAGUCUGCAAAGAAUUUGUCUGGGGGCUGAAUAAACAAGGAUAUCAGUGCCGACAGUGCAACGCUGCCAUCCAUAAGAAGUGCAUUGACAAAGUGAUUGCCAAAUGCACCGGCUCUGCCAUUAACAGUAAAGAAACCAUGAUCCAUAAAGAGCGCUUUAAGAUCGACAUGCCUCACAGAUUUAAGGUCUAUAACUAUAAAAGCCCAACGUUCUGCGAGCACUGUGGCACGCUGCUCUGGGGUCUGGCACGACAGGGCCUCAAAUGUGAAGAGUGUGGAAUGAAUGUUCAUCACAAGUGUCAGAAGAAAGUGGCCAACCUCUGUGGGGUCAACCAGAAGCUGAUGGCCGAGGCACUGGCUAUGAUUGAGAGCACACAGCAGGCACGCAGCUAUAAAGAUAGUGAGGUGUCUGGGCGUGAUGGGCCAGUAGUUGUUGGUCAAGGGGGAGUGGUCAAAGAAACCUCAGGCUGUUUACCGGUUCAUCCGCUAACUCCUGCUCCACCACUGCCACGCAAAGAGCAUCAGGGCAUAGCGUGGGACGCCCCACUUCAGGGGGACCGGCCGAGCCCCACUGUAGAGCCAGAGCCACUGUACGCUAUCCCACGCAAAGAACACCACCACAAAUUCACACUUGAUGACUUCACACUGCACAAGAUGUUGGGAAAAGGCAGCUUUGGCAAGGUGUUUCUAGCAGAGCUGAAUGCCACUGGGCAGUUCUUUGCAGUGAAAGCUCUGAAGAAGGAUGUGGUUCUGAUGGAUGAUGAUGUGGAGUGUACAAUGGUGGAGAGGAGAGUUUUAUCUCUUGCUUGGGAGCAUCCAUUCCUCACACACCUCUACUGCACUUUCCAGACCAAGGAGAAUCUGUUUUUUGUGAUGGAGUAUCUGAAUGGAGGAGAUUUAAUGUUCCACAUCCAGGCCUGCCACAGAUUUGAUCUGCCACGCUCCACGUUUUAUGCUGCUGAGAUAAUCUGUGGGCUUCAGUUUCUGCAUUCAAAAGGCAUUGUGUAUAGGGAUCUGAAGUUAGAUAAUAUCCUACUGGAUAUCGACGGUCACAUUAAAAUCGCUGAUUUUGGCAUGUGUAAGGAGAACAUGCAGGGGGAAGCUCGGACCUCCACCUUCUGCGGAACGCCCGAUUACAUCGCCCCUGAGAUUUUACUUGGGCAGAAAUAUGGCACCUCUGUGGACUGGUGGUCUUUUGGGGUCCUUCUGUAUGAAAUGCUGAUUGGUCAGUCACCGUUCCAUGGGCAUGAUGAGGAGGAACUGUUCCAGUCCAUCCGGACAGAUGAUCCGUGUUACCCACGCUGGCUGACUAGAGACGCACGGGAUAUUCUCAUUAAGCUGUUUGUACGUGAGCCAGAGCGAAGGCUGGGUGUGAAGGGCAACAUUCGGCAGCAUCCUUUCUUCAGGGACACAGACUGGAAUGCACUGGAAAAGCGGCAGGUGGAACCCCCUUUCAGGCCUACUGUGAAAUCGGCGAGUGACUGCAGCAACUUCGAUAAGGAGUUCAUUAAUGAAAAGCCUCGACUGUCCAGUGCAGAUCGCACCCUUAUCAACAGUGUGGACCAGACCAUGUUCAAGAACUUUUCCUUCAUCAACCCGGGCAUGGCUCGCAUUAAGAAUGCCUGAGAUCUACACACACAUACUGAGGAUCCUUCAGUGCUAGUCUGCUCACACUUUUAGUAUGCAUCAAAUUUACUUAAUUCAAAUCUGCACAUCAUUCUCAUAUUACAUCAGCACAGCUGUUGAGUUUGGCAGUAUAUAUGUUAUAUCUUUAAUAUAUGUUAUUAGUGUGAAAAUGAUGUACACAUUUGAAUCAGGUAAAUGUAAUGCAUUCAUAAAGUUCUCAUAUCAUAAAAGUAAUCAUUAAAAGUGCUACAAUUGAGCCAUCUUCAUGGACUACAAUACGUCCUAAUUAAAAGUCAAUGGACGUCCUGGUCUGCCUCCUCUCCUCACUUGGGGACAAUCAGGUCACAUCACUGGAACCUCACUGCUGUAGGAAAAGUUCCUUUUUACUGCCACAAAUCAUUCCCCAUAUUUGCACCAGCAACUCGUCCUGCUUACCAAAUGAAAUAAGACUGUAUUUGUAUAGUUAUGUUAUAAAUCACUAUUGUGUGGACUGGUAUUUGUGUGACAUGUACUUCAGUUUCAGUGAGAUGAUGUAGAACUGGCAUGUAUUUAAUGCAAUAGAGUGAAUAUGUUUCCAAAUAGGAUUUGAGAAGCUGUGCCCGGUUGCACGUUCAUACAUAAAGUCCUAGCUGAGAGAAUUCAGUCACUAGCUGUUUCUGGAAUGUGUGUAUGAGUGUGUGAGGUUCUAUUAUUUGCGCUUAUUGGUAGAUUAAUCACAGGCUGUGUGUCUCCAUGUGAAUAGUUGAUAUUUUAAGUGUUGUUUUACAAUUGUUUCUUGUACCAUUGUAAUUUGAGUUGAUGAAGUCUUAUACUGAUGAAAUUUUGUAUGGCAUAUGAAUACCGCAGUGUCCUUUGCCAACAUAUGAAGUAGCAAAAAUGUAAAGGUGCAUUGCUUAUUUUGAUCGUGAUUUUUGGUCGUUCACGCACAGUAGCGCACCACAUAACUUAAAUUCUGUAGGAGGCAUAAAUAAAUCUCAGAAUUUCAUGCUACAACACAGAAAAACAUGUAUUUUAUAUGUCUUAGAUUGACCAUAACUGUAUUGAAGUUCAUCAAAUAUGUAAAAGGAAGCUGGUCAUAUCAGUCUAAAGCAAGUCCAAAAUAACUGUCCUUUUUGCAUACUAAGGUACACCACAUCAAUUAAGUUUUGAUAUGGAGUGUUUUUACAGGCAGUCUGUAGCUAAAUUUAAUAACAGCACUGUACACUGGUCAGUUUGACCAGUCAGUAAUCGCUUACAUUUUUCAAAUUGUCAGUCAAUUUUUUUUCUUCAGAAACAGUAGAUCAUAUUUGCUGUGCACAUUUCACAAAAUACACCAAAAAUUGUUUUUAAAUUAUCUGAAAACUGGGGAAGACGAAUAGGACACUGCAACUCCCAACACAUUGCAUUGUUAAUGUUAAUUGGUGUUAGCCAGCUUGGAGAAUCUGUGGUCAAUUUUUGCUGAAAGGUCUGGAUGCACAUUGUCAGUGGUCAGUAGAGGUGAAGUAAGUGAGUAAAUUGUAUUUAUAAGAAACAUUUAAAGAAAACUUAGUGACAGAAGUGUGGAAAAAAUGUGGUAUGGCAGGUAUUAGCCAUUUCCAAGUAAUACUGAGUUUUAGUGCUAGCUAGGUAGCUACAAAAAUUGUCAAGAGGAUCCAGACACAGUCCUGUGGCCUGAAAAUAACUAGUUAUCUUAUAAUAUUGAAAUAAAGAGGCAUAUCCCCA